UUCGACCUUUUCCCUGAAAAUUCCAUCUGUUUGUAACCUGAUGAUCCGAUCUUUAAUUUCAUUUUUUCCCAUAAGUUUUCAUCACUCGCUAAGUUAAAUUCUAAUCUAGGCUUACGAAGGGCAGAGGGAGGGAGGCUUGUUUUGUAGUGUGAGAGGAGAGGAGGACCACUUGCUUUGCAUUGUUUCCCCUUCGCCCUCUCCCCUUCGCCCUCUCUCUCUCUCUCUCUCUCUCUCUCUCUCUCUCUCUCCUGGGCGUCUUGCGUCGAUGAGGAAGAAAGCGUGAGAUUGCAAGUAGAAAUUUGUAUUUUAUUUUUUUUUGAUUAAUCAGAUAUUUCAUUUACAGAAUCAUCGCCAGAAUAAAGAGCUUGAUUUAUAUAGGGCUAUCUUUCUCGCCUACAUCGAUGGUUGUUGAUCAUACGAGCAAUGCGUUUGAAUCAUCAUGUUCAUGACGCAGAUGAUUCUUCAUGGUUUUGGAUUUCAGGCGGAAGGGGAUGGGGUCUGAUUAGGGUUUCCGUCUGAGUAUAUACAUAUUUAUCUGAAUUGAUAGUAAUGCCUGGGCUCUGAGAUGUUUCGAGGAGAGACUUUUGGUUGCAUGUUCCAUCUGGAUGGGGGAGAUCCUGAAACCGCGGAUUGUUGACAGGGGUUAGGAAUAGGAUUUGUUGUUAGGGUUUGUAAAAUAUGAUAAAACAGAUACUUGGGAGGCUACCUCGAAAGCCCUCUUCGAAAUCGCACCCUAAUGACGUUAUUUCUAAUGACGAAGGUGUUGCCAGCGCCGCACCUCCAUUUAUGAAUUCAUCUCAGGGGCCUAACUCCGUAGGUGGUCUUAAUAACUCGAGAGCCUCUUCGGCUCCUGCUGGGAAAGCUUCAAAUGCAAGCAGUGGUGCUUCCCGUUCUAACAAUGGAGCUCCUGCCCAGCAAUCGUCCAGCAUAAAUAAGCCAACUGGAGGAAAGAAAUCUACAGCUAUUGCUUCCCAAGCCGGGCCUUUACCGGGGUCUGGUGCCUACGAGGUACUUCCUAGCUUUCGGGAUGUUCCCAAUUCGGAGAAGCAGAAUCUAUUUAUUUGGAAGCUGGCUAGGUGUAGUGUUAUAUUUGACUUCACUGAUCCCUCCAAGAAUCUUAAGGAGAAAGAUAUAAAGCGGCAGACCCUGCUCGAACUUGUUGACUACAUUUCCUCUGUCUCUUCCAAGUUCAAUGAGAUUGUGAUGCAAGAGAUAAUAAAGAUGGUAGCUGCCAAUUUGUUCCGUACUUUUCCGUCCUCUAACCACGACAACAAGCUCCUGGAAACCUUUGACGCAGAGGAAGAAGAGCCCAUGAUGGAACCGGCAUGGCCUCACCUUCAAAUUGUUUAUGAGUUCCUCCUGAGGUUUGUGGCUUCUCCAGAGACGGAUGCCAAGCUGGCCAAGAGAUACAUUGAUCACUCAUUUGUGUUGAGGUUGCUUGACCUUUUUGAUUCCGAGGACCAGAGGGAAAGGGAAUACCUGAAGACAAUAUUACAUCGCAUCUAUGGGAAAUUUAUGGUGCACCGUCCAUUCAUUAGGAAAGCCAUAAACAACAUCUUUUAUCGUUUCAUCUUUGAAACUGGGAAGCACAAUGGGAUCGCAGAACUGCUUGAGAUCUUAGGCAGCAUAAUCAAUGGGUUCGCAUUACCACUGAAGGAAGAGCACAAGCUUUUCCUUGUGCGGGCUUUGAUCCCACUACACAAGCCCAAGUGUGUGUCUAUGUAUCAUCAGCAGCUUUCAUAUUGCAUAACUCAGUUUGUGGAGAAGGACUGCAAGUUGGCAGAUACAGUGAUUCGUGGACUUCUAAAGCAUUGGCCUAUAACUAACAGUUCAAAGGAGGUUAUGUUCCUUAGUGAGCUGGAAGAAGUUCUAGAAGCCACCCAAGCAGCCGAAUUCCAGCGAUGCAUGGUACCUUUGUUCCGCCAGAUUGGUCGCUGCCUCAACAGCUCGCAUUUCCAGGUGGCUGAGCGAGCAUUAUUCUUGUGGAACAAUGACCAUGUAAGAAAUCUUAUCAUGCAGAACCGUAAGGUGGUAUUGCCCAUAAUAUUCCCAGCCUUAGAGAGGAACACUCGGAGUCACUGGAAUCAGGCCGUUCAGAGUUUAACAUUGAAUGUCAGGAAGGUCUUUAUAGAUUUUGAUCCAGAACUUGUUGAGGAGUGCUUGUUAAAAUUCCAAGAAGACGAGGCCAAGGAAAGGGAGAGGCUGGAGAAACGAGAAUCUGACUGGAAGCGCUUGGAAGACAUAGCAGCCUCCAAGGCCGUUAGCAACGAGGCUGUGCUGGUCUCCCGGUUAGUGUCAUCCCUGGCUGUAGCUAAGUCCACAAGUCCAAGAGCUGUUGUUGGUAAUUAGAGAGCCAUGAAUCCUGCGAAUCAUCUAAUUCGUGGUUCUGGGAGGGAACCUAAUGGCUAGUCUAGCUAAUGGUGGGUCAAUUCUCCUUGUUUAUUCUACAUAUAUGUUUUGAAUUAACCCUGCAGGUUGUGAAGAUAAAGAAUGAAGAUGAGGUUCUGUGACUAUCUGAGUUGGUCCAAUUUUGGGCCAUUGAUCUCCUGGUAGAGUUCUUCAGCCAGUGAAUUGUAUGCGUGUAUCAUAAAGGAUUUGGUUAUAGAGGUAGUGUGUCUAUGCGGAUUUCCUACCUUCUGAUCGUUAUUUUUAUUUUUAUGUAAUGAUGAUGAUGCAAGAGAUUCUGCCUUUCUUGCUCAUGCCCCCCACCCCCCCUUUUUUUCCUUUUUGGAGGCAUUGAAAGUUGCCCAAUUAGAAUGAAAUUGUAAGGCAAUAUUUGUACAUAACUCUCUUGCUCUCUCUCAUGAGCACA